AUGUUAAAAUACCAGGCAAUCGUAGCCAAACUCAUCACCCACUUCCACAAUUUCAAAAUUGAACAGAUCAACCGCGAACACAAUGCUCAUGCGGACGCACUCGCUGGCCUUGCCUCAGCUUCUAAAGCCUCCGAAUUCAGGACAAUUAGCUUCGGCAGCAUUGACCAUCCAAGCUUUGACACAACUCCUGAAAUACUCAACGUUGAACUCGGUCCAAGCUGGAUGGACGAGAUCAUUGCGCUUCUCAAGCAUGACACUUUACUAGCAGACAAGAAGGAAGCUUACCGCAUCAGGAACAAAGCCGCUUACUACUGGCUCUCCGAAAGUGGCCAACUCUACAGGAAAUUUUUCUCAGGCCCUUAUCUCCUCGUUGUCCACCUAACCCAGGUACCGAAUAUUCUCAUCGAGCUUCACUCAGGCAAGCUCCCAACAGCACCAGGUGGCUUCAAAUUCUUGAUCACCGCAACGGACUACUUCUCCAAAUGGGUUGAGGCCGAACCUCUUGUCACAAUCACCGAAGCCGACGUUCAAAGAUUCGUCUGGAGGAACAUUACGACCUGGUUCGGCGUCCCUUACGCCAUCGUGUUAGACAACGGAAGCCAAUUCGUGGGAAAUGGCCAAGCUGAGGCAACAAACAAGACCGUCUGUGCUGGAAUCAAACAUCGGCUAAACUCCAAAAGAGGAAAAUGGGCUGAGGAAUUGCCACGUGUCCUUUGGGCUUACCGUUCUACCUCGAGGCGCUCAACAGGCCGAACGCCAUUCUCUAUGGCGUUCGGCAUGGAGGCCGUAAUCCCACUAGAGUCCAGGUUCCCCACUCUAAGAACGGAGAACUUCGAUCCAAAGACUAAUGACGAAGCCGUGGAACAAGAACUAAUUUUAGCAGACGAGAAGCGCGACGACACUCGACUUAAGCUCGCCAAAUACCAACAGCAAGUAGCAAGAGGAUACAAUCGAAGCGUUCGAACCAAAACCUUCAAGCUAGAUGACUUGGUUUGGCAAAAAGUGGUACAAGCCAAUAAGAAGCAGAAAUUCAAGCCCAACUGGGAGGGUCCCUUUCGUAUUGUCAAAAUUGCAGGCGAAGGUGCUUACGUACUCGAGGACAUGACUAGGAAAGUCCUUACCAACCCGUGGAAUGCAUAG